AAGUCGGUUGCAAUUUUCUUUCUUAUUAAAAUUUUAAUUUGUAAAGAUAUUUUUAAUGAAUUCAUAAGAGGUACAAAUUUAAUAUGAUGGUGAUGUAUUUGUAUACAUGAAAAAUAUGACUUUUGUUUUCCUUAGUGUAUUAGUUUUCCAAGAUUUCUUUGGAAGAAAGAAAGAAAUUCUACCUCUUCACACCGUUCUUUAUAUACCCGACCCAAAAUUCAUUCCAAUUUCAUAACCUCAUAGCGAUCGAAAUCGCUUCUCUCUUCGCGGCUCACGGCUACGCGUUUCGAUCAAUUUCCUAUCAUCCAAUCUAACUGGGUUUUCUUUCUUAUCGUUAAUAAUCAAUCGGAGCUAUUUUAUCUUCGUUUUCGCAAAGCGUUGUUUCUGUUUCUUUCAAGGGUUGUUAUCACUUCAGUCUCUCACAUGGCUUCUUCGUCAAUCGUGAUCAAGGUUAAGUUCGGUAAAACUCUCAGGCGCUUCAGUGCAUCCAUCAAUGACAAUAAUCUUGCUCUUGACACUGUUGCUUUGAGGGAAAAGAUACGUAGCCUCUUCAACUUCAAUCCCGAUGUUGAUUUUACUCUCACAUACGUUGAUGAAGAUGGAGAUGCAGUCACUCUUGCUGAUGAUGAUGAUCUUCGUGAUGUUGUUGGACAGUCUCUGAACCCUUUAAGGAUCACUGUCAAGCUCGAAAAUGGCAGCCAUGGUGGAUCAUCUGGGACCCAAACCCCAACCCCAACACCAACAACAACAACAUUCCCCCUGAGCGCAUCACAACCCCAGAUCCCUUUUGGACCAAUUCCAAAUGUGUUGUCUGAAUUUCUUAAAUCUAUGCCUGAACCCCUGCGUGAUCAAAUUACAAAACUGCCCCUCGAAUUGGCAUCCAAAGCAACACCCUCUACCCCUAUAAUAUCUGAACUUGUGGAAAAGAUGACACAUGCAUACCUGAAUCAAAUUUCUGCUUCCAUGGCUACACCACCAAGGGCCCACACCUCUACUGGUGAUUCAUCAACUGUGAAGAAUAAUAAACCUGAAGCUGAAAGUUCAAACUCAAAGAACAAAGAGAAGGUUGAAAAGACGUCUGAAGGUGUGAAGUUUAAAGAUGUUGUUCAACCACCAAAACCCAUGGAUCUUAAUGCUCCUUACUUCGACUAUGAAGCUUUUCCAUCAGCUGUUGAAGGGUAUAAUGGGAAUUCAUCAACUGAGAAAAACAAAGACACUACCAAUGGUGUGGAGAACAAGAACGAUUCUGGAUGGGCUCAAGGGAUGUUGAAUGCAACUAAUCAAUGCCCAUUUUCAGGAAGUCUGGUAUUCCAUAGAGGUGUUCGUUGUGAUGGCUGUGGAGUCCACCCGAUAACCGGGCCCCGUUUCAAAUCCAAAGUGAAGGAAGAUUAUGAUUUAUGCAGUGAUUGUUUUGCUGGAAUGGGAAAUGUUUCUGAUUACAUAAGAAUGGAUCGUCCAGCUAAUCCUGUUAGGCAUCAUAUGCCUUUCAGAGGUUACCAUGAUCCUUCUGUGCGAAUUCCAACUCCUGGUUUGCCUCAUGCUUUGAGGGCUCCUGGAAGUAAGUUGCCAAGGGCAAAGCUUGAUAGCAGAUUCAUUCUUGAUGUGAAUGUUCUUGAUGGAACAACCAUGGCUCCUUUCACUAAUUUUACUAAAAUCUGGAGGAUGAGGAACAAUGGGACUGUUAUUUGGCCAUGUGGCUCACAGCUUCAAUGGAUUGGAGGUGAUAGGUUGAGCAAUUCAGUCUCUGUUGACAUUGAGAUUCCAAGUGAUGGGUUGGGUGUGGAGCAGGAGCUUGACAUUGCAGUUGACUUUAAUGCCCCUGAGCUUCCAGGUCGAUACAUUUCAUACUGGCGAAUGGCAUCGCCAUCUGGACAGAAGUUUGGGCAGCGUGUUUGGGUCUUAAUCCAGGUGGAUUCCUCCAUGAAAGACAUGGGUGAACCCCAAAUCAAUCUCAACCUGCCACCUGUCAAUAUGAACAACCCCCCUGUGGGCCCUAUCCCCGAGCCUGAGGUUAUGAAUGGAAACAAUUUGAUCAAGGUCAUUGAAUCUACACAAGAUACACCUCCUGCUAAUAAUCAGGACAUGGAUUUUCCAAUCAAUGACACCUUGAUUAUCACUAGUAAUGGCAUGGCUGCUACUACACCUACUGUUUCAUCUCCAGUGGGGCCCACUGCUACCUCUACUGUUUUCCGGUCUGCUGAGGUGGAAAAUGCUUUGGGUAUCGUUUCUACAGAGCCACCUGCUUAUCCUACUGUGGACUUCUCUGAAGUGCCGCCUGUGAUUACUGGUGCCACCUCGCCUCCGGCGGUGGUGGCGGAGGACCCAUCUGGAUCUGCUAAGGAGGGAAGUGAGGAUCAUCUUCUUCAGGAGGAGAGUCUGCUGGUGGAGCUGGAAGCUAUGGGGUUUAAACAGUUGGAUUUGAACAAGGAGGUGUUGAGGAUGAAUAAUUAUGAUCUUGAGAAAUCGGUUGAUGAUCUUUGUGGUGUUUCAGAGUGGGAUCCGAUGCUUGAGGAGUUGCAGGAAAUGGGUUUUGUUGAUGAGGAAGCGAACAGGAGGCUUUUGAAGAAGAACAAUGGAAGCAUCAAGCGUGUGGUGAUGGAUCUCAUCAAUGGAGAGAGAGCUUGAUUGAAGAAGUCGCUUUUUUAAGUGAUGAUUAUCUAAAUAAAUUGAAGUGGAUCAAGACUUGGUUUUUAUUUAUGUGUGUGUUAUGUGUGUGUUGUGUGAAUAAUGAAGGAUGUUUAUGUGUGGGUUUAUUAUUAUGUAUGGGGUGGAUGGUUUCUUGGUUUAUGGAACUUUGUGAUGUGUGCUCUCAUUAUAUGACGUUGUUUGUAAUAUAAGAUGGGUUUUUGUUUGUGUAUUUGUUUGCUUUGAUUGUUUUUGAAGUAUUUUGUUAUUUUGUUCAUUAAAUAUUUGAUAAGUAUGUUAUAUGAAUA